CUACCUUCUCCUGAGCUCCACGCUUUCUUAUCUGUGCUCCCUGCUAAUCAAUUCACCAACAUGAAGCUCUUGGCGUUGCUGGUACUGGUGGCCGUUUCCACCUUCCUGGUUUCAGGCCAGACAACUGGCGCUGCAAGUGAUAGCUCUACUGCUGCUGCCACCACAGCUGCCGCCACCACAGCUGCCGCCACCACUGCCGCUGCCACCACUGCUGCUCCUGCCACCACUGCCGCUGCCACCACUGCAGCUCCUGCCACCACUGCCGCUGCCACCACUGCAGCUCCUACUACCACUCCAAAGGGCCUUCUGGAAUUUAUUAAGCGUAUUUUGAAGCUAUGACUGUGAGAUGAAGUAUCCUGGAUGUCCUGCAUGUGAUCCUGCUGGGCUCGGCCAGAAUGUCCUUUCAUUUGAUUUACUUCAACCACGUACCAUGCCUAUCAUGUCUCUCCUAUCUCUAAUCAGUUUGUUUGUUUUCAAAUAAAAUUAACAUUGAGCAACAUCAAAAAUAGUAUAUUUUUAAGAUUUUGGGAAGUGGUUGUGCAAUGCUUUUAUCAAGGCUAUUUGGGAGGUGCAAUAGGCCAAGUGGAAUGGGUAGGCCUUAAUAGAGUUAGCCAACACCUUCUUUUCCACAGUAGUUUGAGUCUCCCUUGCACUACAGAAUUUUCAUAGAGUAGAGCUCAGUGUAUGUUUACCAUAUAUCCAUAGGGAUAUCUGAGUAUAUUAGAAAUUGUCACAAUUUAGUUAGGUAAGGUCUGGAGUUAAUGAGCAUUAGGGGAAAAUUAGCACAUACUGUGAGUAUUCCUUCCUCAGAGGAAUAAACUACGAAGAAUGAAAACCUUUAGUAUCCAUAGAAGAACUGGAGGGUAAUUGAAAUGGCUAGCUAAUAUUCCAGGCCAUGUCGCAUCUGUGAAAUUCCUGUGAAUUGUGUCAGUUGGAGCAACAGGAUAUUGCCCAACUCUGCAACAUGUUGUCAUAUUUUUCAGAUCAUGCUAAUAAGUAAGAAGGUCAAAGACUAUUAGGGCUAGGCUGGUUAUGGCAAAAUCAUGCUCCUCACGUAACGGUCCUGUUAGCCUCUUCUCACAAGGUCAGCAGAAAGAUAUCUGAAUUUCAGCAGACCUGAGCCCAAACUGUUGGUAGAUUGACUGAGAAUUGGCUCCAGGUAAUUCCUAUGAGCCCAUAGGAUGUGACUAUAUGAUAGAAGUUUCUGCCAUCACCUAUAUGCUGGAAUCUGGAAUUUUUGGCUCAAACCAAGCAGGAUUUCUUGCAAAGUUGUCUUGGGUUUUGGAUUUGAAAACUACUUGAAGGAAUAGGUCCUUCUCCAAGACUAUUUGAAAAAUGGUUGCUAGCUUGUCAGUGGUGUUUGAUAAAACAAGCCCUCUCACUGAUGAGUAUCAAGUGAUUCUGAGGAGACAAAUACCUUGGGCUUUCUGUUGUGUCCUGGAUGAUGCCAUACAUACAGUCGAAUAUGUAUUGGCAGCUCGGGAGAGUUCACUCACAGAGUGGCAAUUUAUUUUAAGGAGCAUUCUAGCAGAAGAAGUUCAGGGAAAGUACCACACAAAACAAACAGGCUGUGUUGCUACUUGUUUUCAGAAAAUAGAAUUGCAAGGACAUCCCUGACAUCAUUCCUGAGUGGUCCUGGGCAUGAAGGAUUGAAGGACCACCCAUAGAAAUUCUUGAGUUGAGGCCUAUGUUGCUCUUUGGAAGUCAGUUGGUUGUUGAUUUCUAAAAAUUAUUUAAGUUUAUUUAUUUAUUUGACAGAGAGAGAGAGAGAGUGAGUGAGUCCCAAGCAAGCUCUGUUCUGACAGCACAGAGGCUGAUGUGGGGCUUGAACUCACGAAUGGUGAGAUCAUGACCUGAGCUGAAAUUAAGAGCUGGAUGCAUAACCAACUGAGCUACCCAGAUGCCCCUGGAAGUCAGUUUUCUGCAGGCUGUGUUCAUACCACAACCCUGAUGAAAGAGAGCAAGGUUAAGUUGGCCUAGUGAGUGGAAUUCAAAGCUCUUCAUUUAGCAGUGGACAAAGUGUUAGGCUCCUGUUCUAGAGGAGCAUUUAGAUAUUAUAGUCUGUUGGGCUGUAACAAAGAGUUGCAUGUAUUGUCAGGCAAAUGGGUUCCAGGCAACUAAAAAAAACAGCUACGUGUAUAAUGCACCCAGAUAAGGAAAUGUCUUUGUGAAUUUAGUAGAGGAAUUAAAAUUGUGAGGAUAUGAAACAAACAAAAAUGUUGGCUAAGAAAAGGAUUGAAAUGUUGACAUAGCUUUCUCCAUAUACCUGGGCCCUGAGAGGAGAUGCCUGCGGAAGCUCAGGUCAGGCCCCAUGAGCUAGAGAGGACACAUUCCCCUUGAAUUCAACAAAGGCAAAUGAUAUUAACAAGAAAAUGUAUCCAAUAUUUACAAGAAAGGUUUGGCUUAAUAACAGCUGUAGGUGAAAUUAGUUGAUAUGGGCAAGUGGAUCACACUGAACCUCUCCUGGUAGCUCCAGGAUUCUGUAACUGGGUGUAAGUACUGGUGCCAACUGGGCACCUGUUCUUCUUUGGGAGUUGACUAUAAUGUAAAGAAAUAAUCCUAAAGAUACAAUGAAAGUUUUGAAUAAUUGAUUCUUCAUCAAUUUGGCCCACGGGAAUAUACUUCUUCUCAGGUUACAAACUUUACUGCUGCUAGGAAGUACUAUUCAAUGAACAGAGAUGGUAAAUUAAACAUAAUGUCUUUUGAUAAAAUAUAGUUUUUCAAUUUUCUUUUCCUGUUAGGACUUUUUUUGUUUUCUGUCUAAGAAAUGUUAGCAUCUCCUAAAUUGAGACAGAUACACUUUUAGGUCCCCUUCUGAAUGAUUUAUAUUGUUAGGUUUUAUGACCGAGUCUUUGAUUUUUGUGUAUGAUAUGAUGUAUGAAUCAUGGUUUAUUUCUUUUACGUUACAGGUAGUUGUACUUUCCCCCCAGGAUACUUUGUUGAAAGACUUUCUUCUGUUGAAGACUCUUAGCAUUUUUGUGAAAAAUGAUUAAUUGUAUAUGUGUGGGUAUAUAUUUAGAUUAUCUGUUCUGCCUCAUGGACUGGACCCAUUUCUCUUUCUUGAAGUCAAUAUCUCGUGAUUGGAUUAAUGUAGCCAUAAAAGUUUGUAAAUCGGG